UUUUUAGCAAAGCCUCUAGCUCCAGUUGACAGAAGAAGGUUAUUGAGAAAAGCGACAUAAACCCUGAGCCUGGAAACUUUCUGACACGCGCAGGACUGAGAGGGAGAGAGAAGCUUUUGGCUGCUGCUGGGGAAGGGAAAAAAAAAGGAAGAAGAAGAAAAAAAAAACCCCAGAAGUUCAAGGAAUUAAAAGGGGAAAAAGAAGAAAGAAAGGAAAACACCAGAAAAAGGGGCAAUGCCACCCAGAGCCUGCAGUUGGAAGUAGCCCACGCUGAGCCCCCCGUGCCCGGCACACGCCGUCGGCCUUGCUGCCCUGGGGAGAGCUCGAGGAUGCCUGCGGAGGGACCCAGGACUCCUGUCUCUACAUAAGCAGUGGCCAAGGGAGAGACAUGUUGGGACAGUGCCCUUUGAGCUGGCACAACACUCCCUGCGCUGAGACAGGCAUCGCUCACCAUGGCAGUCGCUUGGAGGCUUCUCACGGGGACUGUCGUCUUCACCGCCCUCGUGUGCAACUUCCCCGGCUACACCUUCCAGUCACAAGAGGAGUUCCUCUCCAGCCUCGAUCACUAUGAGAUCGCUUUCCCCAUCCAAGUAGAUCGAAAUGGGGAUUUCCUCACCUUCGACGUGAGGAGCCAGCUGAAGCAGCGGCCCCGGCGCAGCCUGGGCUCCUUGGCCUAUGAGCCAGCUGAGCAGCAGGUCUUCUACAAAGUCUCUGCCCACCGAACCCAGUUCCUCCUCAACCUGACACUGCACUCCAACCUGCUGGCUGAGCACUUCACUGUGGAGUACUGGAAGCGAGAUGGUGUGGACUGGCAACACGACUUCCACGAGGACUGUCACUACGCAGGUCACCUGCAGGACCAGUACCUCAGCUCAAAGGUUGCCAUCAGCAACUGCAAUGGACUGCAUGGAGUGAUUGUUGCUGAUGAGGAGGAGUAUUUCAUCGAGCCACUGAGCCCAGGAGCCAACGUCAGCGCAGGGAGCGAGGGCAAAGGCAGCCCCCACGUCGUGUACAAGCGCUCGUCUCUGCAGUACCCACACAUGGACGCAGCCUGCGGCGUGCUAGAUGAGAAGCCCUGGAAGGGAAGACACUGGUGGCUGAGGACACUGAAGCCCUCCCCUCUGAAGCCAUCAGGCAACCACAGCCAGCGAGGCCAACUGCCCCUGAAGAGAUCCGUGAGCACCGAGCGCUACGUGGAGACGCUGGUGGUGGCUGACAAGAUGAUGGUGGGGUACCACGGGCGGAGGGACAUCGAGCAGUACAUCCUGGCCAUCAUGAAUAUUGUUGCCAAACUUUUCCAGGACUCGAGUCUGGGCAAUAUUGUCAAUAUCUUGGUGACCCGGCUGAUUCUCCUCACCGAGGAUCAGCCCACACUGGAGAUUAACCACCACGCUGGGAAAUCCCUGGACAGCUUCUGCAAGUGGCAGAAAUCCAUUGUGAACAGGAAUGGCAAUGGGAAUGCCAUCCCUGAGAAUGGCAUAGCCAACCACGACACUGCAGUGCUGAUCACCAGAUACGACAUCUGCAUCUACAAGAACAAACCCUGUGGCACCCUGGGCCUGGCCCCCGUGGGUGGGAUGUGCGAGCGAGAGCGAAGCUGCAGCAUCAACGAGGACAUUGGCCUGGCCACAGCCUUCACCAUCGCCCACGAGAUCGGCCACACGUUUGGGAUGAACCAUGACGGGGUUGGCAACAGCUGUGGCUCCCGUGGGCAAGAGACAGCCAAGCUCAUGGCUGCUCACAUCACCAUGAAGACCAACCCGUUUGUGUGGUCCACGUGCAGCAGGGAUUACAUCACCAGCUUCCUGGACUCAGGGAUGGGAUUGUGCCUCAACAACGCUCCUCCCAAGCAAGACUUUAUCUACCCCACGGUGGCCCCGGGCCAGGCCUACGAUGCUGACGAGCAGUGUCGCUUCCAGUACGGAGUCAAAUCCCGCCAGUGUAAAUACGGGGAGGUCUGCAGUGAGUUAUGGUGUCUGAGUAAAAGCAACCGCUGCAUAACCAACAGCAUCCCUGCAGCUGAGGGGACCAUAUGCCAAACCAACACCAUUGACAAAGGGUGGUGCUACAAGAGGGAGUGUGUGCCUUUUGGGACCCGGCCAGAGGGUGUGGAUGGUGCCUGGGGAGCCUGGUCAUCCUGGGGAGAGUGCAGCAGGACGUGUGGCGGCGGCGUCUCCUCGUCCGUGCGCCACUGCGACAGCCCGCGCCCCACCAUCGGAGGGAAGUACUGCCUGGGCGAGCGGAAGCGGUACCGGUCCUGCAACACUGACGACUGUCCCCCGGGCUCCCAGGACUUCCGCGAGCUGCAGUGCGCCGAGUUCGACAACGUCCCGUUCCGAGGGAAGUACUACACCUGGAAAACCUACCGUGGGGGGGGUGUGAAGGCCUGUUCCCUCAACUGCCUGGCCGAGGGCUUCAACUUCUACACGGAGCGGGCGGCGGCGGUGGUGGACGGGACCCCGUGUCGGCAGGACUCCAACGACAUCUGCGUCAACGGGGAGUGCAAGCACGUGGGCUGUGACCGUGUCCUGGGCUCUGAUUCCAAGGAGGACAAGUGUCGUGUGUGUGGGGGAGAUGGCAGCUCCUGUGAGACCAUUGAGGGCAUCUUCAACCAGUCCCUGCCAGAGGGAGGUUAUGAGGAGGUGAUCCAGAUCCCCAAGGGCUCUGUCCACAUCGACAUCCGGGAGCUGAACCUCUCCAUCAACUACCUCGCUCUGAGGGGGGACAGUGGUGAGUACUACAUCAACGGGAAGCUCUCCAUCGACCCGCCCCGGCGCUUCGACAUCGCAGGCACCACCUUCCACUACAGGAGAUCCCCAGAGGAGCCUGAGUCCCUGGAGGCCUUGGGACCCACCAACAUCACCCUCAUUGUCAUGGUGCUGGUGAGGACAGAGCUGCAGGGCAUCCGCUACAAGUUCAACGCGCCCGUGGGCAGGGACGGGCUGAACCAGUACUCCUGGCACUACACCCCCUGGACCAAGUGCUCUGUGCUGUGUGCAGGGGGCAGCCAGACCCAGUCUGUGGUAUGCAAGAAACUCUCUGAUGGCUCAACUGUCUUCAACCAUUUCUGUAGCCCUGAGACCAAGAUGCCAGAGAGGCAGAGGCUGUGCAACACUGAGCCGUGUCCCCCGGCCUGGGUGAUCGGCAACUGGUCUGAAUGCAGCCGGAGCUGCAGCGAGGGCGUCCGCACCCGCGGCGUGUCCUGCCGGCGCAGGGUCUCCGCCACCGAGGAGAAGAGCUUGGACGACGCCUCUUGCCCUCACCCACGGCCAAAGAUGCUGGAGCCCUGCAAUAACCAGACGUGUCCUCCGGAGUGGGUGGCCCUGGACUGGUCUGAGUGCACCCCCAGCUGUGGGCCCGGCUUCCGCCACCGCGUCGUCCUGUGCAAGAGCGGCGACCACGGCGUGCCGCUGCCCAGCUCGCGGUGCCCCGAGGUGGCGCGGCCACCCAGCAGCGUGAGGUGCAACCUGCGGCGCUGCCCCCCGCCACGCUGGGUCACUGGCGACUGGGGAGAGUGCUCCUCACAGUGUGGCCUUGGCCAGCAAAGAAGAUCCGUCCAGUGCCUGGCUCACACUGGGCAGCCAUCCAGCGACUGCCUGGAGAGCCUGCAGCCCCCCAGCAUGCAGCAGUGCGAGACCAAGUGUGGGUCAGGACCUACAGACAACCCUGAAGAGUGCAAGGAUGUGAACAAGGUGGCCUACUGUCCACUCGUCCUCAAGUUCAAGUUCUGCAGCCGGACCUACUUCCGACAGAUGUGCUGUAAAACCUGCCAGGGCCACUGAGGACACGGCACGGCGCUCAGCAAGCUGGAGGGGAGAAGCUGCUCCGGAGCCUGGCCAGGCACUGCCCUUCCUCUCUGCCCCAGGAACCUCCCCCUGGCUCCAACACAGACACUGCUCGUGCUGCUGCUGGGACUUGGCACCACAUAAACACCCUUCUCACCCCCCUCCCCAGGGACUCUCGCCCUUCGCCCCCAGAGCCUCACGCUGGCAGGUUCCCGGCUCAGCCCCUGCUGCGUUCCCAGGGCGGCCAGGAGCCGGUGGCUGAGCGCUGGGAGAGGGAGAAGCUGAGCAGAGCACAGCAGCAGGGACCCUGCUGGGAAUCCUGACCUUGUUAUUUAUUAGUAGAGGACCCAGAGUCCUGUGGGCACCGAGAUGGACACGGAAGCUGCGUCACCGACCCCGGUCCCUUCCCGAGGGCAUCGGGGGCUGAGCCUGGGGGCUGCUGCCUUGCCCUCAGGGAUCCCAGGGCAGACAGGGAGGAGGUUGCAGGUGCCACAGGUGGGUGAGCAGCGUGGCUUGUGGCUCCUGGGCGAUGGAUGGCCGUGAGCUGCGUGUGGAGGGGGAGGAAGGACGUUGCUGUCUUCGUGUGCAUCCUCUCACCUCGGCGGGGGGGAAAGCUGGUCACUCAGUGAGCUUUCACUGGGAGAGGGGGGUUCUUCAGACUCGCUGAACAUAAAGCCCUCGUCCCUGUUAGGACCAUUUCUGAUUCCAGAAACACCUCGAAGCACGUGCUGAGGGCAGAGCUGAGGUGUGCUCAGGGCUGCAGCCGCUCCACGGCAGGACGGCCGGGACCUGCUGGGCUGCGGGAAGCAGAGCCGAGGAGGAUGCAAAAUGACAACUGUCCUGGUCACAGUGUCCCAUUGCCAAGCUGUGACAGGACCAGCCUUGCCCUCUCAGUCCUGGCAGGGCCCUUCCCCAGCAGUUGCCACGGCCCUCAUGGCUGCUUUGCCUCCAAAGGUGCUUUCUUUCCAAAGGUGCUUUGCCUCUGAAAGGUGCUUUGCCUCCAAAGGCCACUGCUGUGGCCUCAGGGUGCCUGUCCCACUGCCCCCAGGAGACCUCCAGUGAUGGGAAAAGUGAAGGCUUGAAGUUCCUCCAGCUCAGCUCCUGGCCAGGUCUGGGCUGACUCGGGCUCCUCCAUGGGCCACAGCCCGUGCAGGACUCCUCACCUUCCAACCCACCAAGCCUGUGCUUUGUGUUUUAUCAUCAUCAUUAUUACCAUUAUUAUCCUUUUCAGGCCCUUUCUGCAUCACCAAGGUGGGAAAUCUUGUCCAAAGCAACAUUGUGUUCCCCUGGGGGGGUCACCUGUGUGCUGUGGGGAGCUGGGCAGCCCUGGUUCCCCACAGCCACCCUCUCUGCCCUGCCAGCCCUCUCCUGCUCCUCUGCCAUCUGGGGGCUUUGUGCCCUCUCAGCAGCUGAUGGCAGCUUCUCUGCUGCUCAGCAAAUGCCAUUUGGCUGCUGCAGGGACCUUCACGUCUCUCCCUUCCUGGUGCCACGCUCCCUUCUGCCAUUCUGGGAGGGGAGGCAGGGGAGGAGAGGGAGUGUUUUCCCCUUUUUCCUAUAGAUAGAUACCUAAUGAGAAUAGCUUCACAUACUAACUCUGAGGAGGACUGACAUGAUUUCUAAUAAAGGA